UGGAGGACCAGACUGGUAUCUCCACAUCCGCUGUGUUACCUUCUUGAAGAGCUCGUUUGUUGAUAAUAUUGGAGAAAAUGGCGACAGGAGUGAGACAGGAGCUUGCCCAGCUGAUGAAUUCAAGCGGAUCCCACAAGGAUCUUGCCGGCAAAUAUCGACAAAUUCUGGAGAAGGCUAUUCAGUUCACAGAGGCAGAACAAUUAGAAUCCCUCAAGGCCUUUGUGGAAGCUAUGGUCAAUGAGAACGUCAGCUUAGUGAUCUCCAGACAGCUACUGAGCGACUUCUGCGUACACCUGACCACCCUCCCCGACAGCACGUCCAAGGCCGUCUGCCACUUCACCCUGGAGAAGAUCCAACCCAGGGUCAUCUCCUUUGAGGAGCAGGUGGCUUCGAUAAGGCAGCACCUCGCCACAAUUUAUGAGAAGGAGGAGGACUGGAGGAACGCUGCUCAGGUGUUGGUGGGCAUUCCCCUUGAAACAGGACAGAAACAGUAUAAUGUAGAUUAUAAACUGGACACAUAUCUUAAGAUUGCCCGUCUCUAUCUGGAAGAUGAUGACCCUGUCCAGGCGGAGGCUUACAUCAACCGUGCCUCACUGCUGCAGAACGAGUCCACCAACGAACAGCUGCAAGUUCAUUACAAGGUGUGCUACGCCAGAGUCCUUGACUACAGAAGGAAGUUCAUCGAGGCAGCACAGCGUUACAACGAGCUCUCGUACAAAUCCAUCGUCCAUGAGACCGAGCGCCUCGAGGCCCUUAAGCACGCACUCCACUGCACCAUACUGGCCUCAGCAGGCCAGCAGCGCUCCCGUAUGUUGGCGACCCUCUUCAAAGACGAGCGGUGCCAACAGCUGUCGGCGUACGGCAUCCUGGAGAAGAUGUACCUGGACCGCAUCAUCAGGGGCAACCAGCUGCAGGAGUUUGCUGCCAUGCUGAUGCCUCACCAGAAGGCCACCACCGCAGACGGUUCUAAUGAGUUCUCCUGCGGUUCCCCCUCAGGUUCCAGCAUCCUGGACCGGGCCGUGAUCGAGCACAACCUGCUCUCAGCCAGCAAGCUCUACAACAACAUUACCUUUGAGGAACUAGGAGCUCUUCUAGAGAUUCCCCCAGCUAAAGCUGAAAAGAUUGCCUCACAGAUGAUCACAGAAGGUCGAAUGAACGGCUUCAUAGACCAAAUAGAUGGAAUUGUUCAUUUUGAAACCCGUGAGCCCCUGCCCACCUGGGACAAGCAGAUCCAGUCGUUGUGCUUCCAGGUGAACAACCUGCUCGAGAAGAUCACCCUGGCGGCCCCUGAGUGGACAGCCCAGGCCAUGGAGGCCCAGAUGUCCCAAUAAGGACCUUUCAUCCCUGUCCCCCUAAGACGCAAUUACAGACACACGCUCACAGUCUCGUACACACACACACACACACACACACACACGUGCAGGAGAUAAACAAACAGGAAUGGCAUAUGAGCAAGCUAUACGUAACACUUUUGUCCAUCUGUCACAUUUGUUUUAGUGAAAAAAAAAUCAGGAACUCUCAUCCACUGCUCCUUGUCUCCACGGUAAAGUCAGAUAUUGGUUUAGACACACGCUGGCACUGAGUGACUUGAAUAGACAUUGGAUGUUUGCUUUUUACUGAACACAAUGCCCUAUGAAGCAUCGCUAAUGUAAACUAUAACUGUGUCAACUACUUGAUGGUGAACUCUUCUACUUGUGGUCAGAUAUGUCACAUUACUCCUCAGCUAAAUUUGAGAAAAUUAUGAUUUCCAGUUUUCACAGUCGUCCAGUGCAGGGCUAUGGCCCUAAUGCCUCCAAACGUCUGGCCAUCCUGCGCUUAUUAUUCUCUCUAGUCUUGGAACAACUGGCUUAACGUCUUCGAAAGGGACAUCACUUGGAUAGACGCCCAUUGAUUACAUGGAAAAUUACUGUGAAAACAGAUUAAACUGAUCCUACAACACAUACAUUUUCAGUCUUAUGUUACAAUGGGAAUAUAGCUUGCAAUUUAAGUUAUAAAUGUGUGAGAAAUUGGUAUUCCACUAAGCCUUGUAAAAUGCACAGAGUGGAAAAACAUUGUCCUACAUUCAGUAGUAUUUUGCGCUUAUCAGUGUUGUCUGUUUUCAAAAAUGGACAUGGUCUUGGACAAUUUAAACCACAUACACAAAAAAAAACAAUAAAAUUCUUUAACUUUUGAACAUA